CCUUCCUACUGCACGUUCGGUGACUGAACACCUGCAUGGUUGUUGGAUAACCGGCGUGUAGAUAUACUGUCAGGAACUUUGCUAAGCCCCAUAUAUGCGAUGUAAACGCUGACGUUGAUAUUAUCGAUCACAGAACAGCGGGUCUACGAUGCCCGGUACCAUUAUUUAAACGGGUGGAAAAGGCCAUGCUUCAAUGGGCGUGGUCUGAACCGUACCCUGCUAUUUCAUCAGCCGGCGAAAGUUCAGUCAUUGUUGUCAAAUCACAGUUGAUUCACAUAAAAUUGUAAAAGAACAGUUUGCAUUGAGCACCAUUUGUCACGUUUGUCGUUUGGCCACCUUCCCCAAUCCCAGCAAUCCGCAGUCGGAUUACCAUCACGGGAAGUGAAGGAAAGCAACGCAAGGCGUGACAGGCCAACGCGUGUCGUCUGCUCGCAGUGUCUCCGAACGCGACCGCUCGAUCACACGAAUGCUGGCUACGGGAAAUCUUCAAGAGAGGACGGGUACGCGCAGACUACGGAACAACGCCCAAAGUUAAAAAAAAAACAACAAAAAACAGGUAGAGAAAGGCAACGUAUGCAUCGCCACCAUCAGUAAGUUGCUUUACACUCACCACUGUGGUAUUGCUUGAUUUCCACUGACAUCCAGCGACCGUAGAAACUAACGACAAACGAUACUUUCCAUGGUUUCAUCCAGUUUUAAGUCCUGAUCGGCCGCCUUUCUGGUUGAAAAUGAACAGCUCUGAAGGAGCACAUCGUCUGACAGAAAAAAUAUACCAGAAUCUUUCAGAACAAUUUAACCCCGCCGUGAAACAGGUCCUGUCAUGUGCGAAGGUGUAUCACAAGGCUCUGCUUGGAGCGUCUACGGCGGCCAGAAGUUAUAUUGAAUCCAUUGGACGGUUGGGUCAUCACUGUAAGAACAAUGGCCAAGGAGGGACUGAGGAGAUCGGUGAAGCCAUUUUCAGACUGGCAGAGGUGCAGAAGGAAAUACAGCUUAGGUUUGAAGAUUGUAGCAAGUCUUUAUUUGCCGAAGUCAUUCUUCCUCUGGAGCAGAAAGUUGAAAAUGAUUUCAGAAACGCUGCGGCUGAACAAAAAAAAUACCAGAGUGGACAUAAGACCUUUUUGGUCCCAUUCAGCAAAGCGUCUGAAAGCAUGAAAAAGUUUCACAAGAAAAAGAAGUCAAAAUUAGGCUUCACUGACAGCAAAGAAGUGCAGCUCGUGAGAACGCUAGACAAGUGCACAGAGAAACUCAACGAAUUCAGACUGCAGGGCCUGAGACUUGCUUUGCUAGAAGAACGAAAGUGCUACUGCUUUGUGUUGUCUCGACUGUGUGCUUUGGGCUCGACGCAGAUGCACUACCACGACAGGGGUCUGGAGUUAUUAUCAGGACAGCUUGGCUCUUGGAGACAGUUGUGCGCUCAGCCCAACAUUCUUCCCCGUUCUGCUGAUGUCCUUUUUCAAAUUCUGGACAAACGACAUCAUGAGCAGAUGAACAGCACUAGCUCUUAUGGAGUAUAUGUGUCAGACAGCAUCAGCAGUAGUGGGAGCUCAGGACAAAGCCCUCUGCACCACAGCCACACCCCUACUAUGCAGAGAUCUGGCCCUCUCUCAGAGUAUGCCCUGCCUGAAUCUCCAAGUCAAAGUUUGUCAAGAUCCAUAGCUAUGUCCAUGUCCACCCCUCCAUCUGGACCCCCACCAGAGCCUCCAGUGGGACCUCAGGUGCAAGCAACAUAUGCACAUAUGCCUCAGCAAGACUGCCAGCUAGCCUUCAAUGUGGGGGAUCUUAUCACACUUCUUGGAGAACAGGUGGACGGCUGGCAGUUUGGACACAACAUUCACACUGGAAUGUAUGGAUGGUUUCCACUGUCAUUCACUGAACGACUUGAUCAGCUAAGACUUGAAUCCCGAACUCCAGUCAGACUUCGACAGCGAGCUAAAAGCAUCAGUGACAUUAGUAUGGAUGGCCUAUCUUUGUGUGACUUUGGUGGUUGGUCCUUUGAACAUGACAUAAGAAAUCGUCGUCGUCCUCGGUCUUUACAUGAAUUUUCUUUGAUCACAACCACUGGUGGACCUCAGCUGCAUGGUGGUGGUGGGUCUCAGUAUUUCUUUGAUGAUUCAUCGUCACUGCACUCUAGUAGCAUUGGUCUUUCCGCUUCCAUGCAUGAUCCAAAGACUUCACCAAUCCCAUCUUCUCAGCUGGUGCAUGGCUCAGUGGGUUCUUCUGGUGAUGGGGAUGCAGCUAAGGUCUCAUCUGUUAACCUGCCCCAAAGUCCCAGCAUGAAAAGCAUCCGAAGUCUUAACCAAACAAGCAAUGCCCAUGCUGCCCUAGGCAUCCUGCCACCCCCACCACCAUUCUCUCCCCCACCUCCUCCUAAAGAUGAAGGUGGCUUCCAUCAGCAUGCUUCUCCUCCAGUUCCACCCCCUGCUCCUCCACCAGCUCCUCCUAAUUCCUCAUUCUCAGCUAACACAUCUUUAUCAUCCAUCGCCUCUCAAGCUGCCUCAGUGGCAUCAUCCAUGCGCAACAAUGUCUCCCAGAAGCUGCCUCCAUUCAGCAGUAGUAAUCAGCAAGGGAGAAGCCUUCCCAGUGUCCCACCACGUCCAGGAUCUGUGAAUACUCUUGACAGCUCCCCCAGCACUAGACAGCCUUACCUCAUCCAUGCCCAAGGACACAAUCCCGUCUCUUCACAUUUAGGUUCUCCACCACCUCCACCUCCACCUCCACCACCUCCAACAGAUUCCAGUAAUGAGGAAAGGAACAACUUGCUGAAGAGCGUAACACUAAGGAAGACAAAGACAAAUGAUCGAUCAGGACCAAGAAUUACUUAAGACUGUUACUGAAGUCAGUAACAGCAGGAUCAAAUUAGCAUCACCUUUGCCCUCCUUGUAAACUUUAAGUGUCCAACAGUCACAUUUGUGUUACAAUAUUACAAUUAUUAGAAUGUUACUCAGUACAAACAAUUUCCUUUUAACUAACACUUUUAUAUCCCUGCACAGAAUUGGUCUGUAAUGCCAAGUACUUUACCAGCACUUCGAUGUGUACACUUUAGAUCCUUAAACAUGAAGUUGCUAAAGUGUCAAUAACACUAUAAUUACAACCUGUAACACUGGAAUAUAAUUUUUACUUAUAAGCCUUUAUAAAAGGAGAAUCUGAGAAUACAAUGGCUUUACCCAGGUGACAAUGCUAUUUGACCACACGCACAUGUGUAACUACAUACAAAUUUAGUGAUAUCUAUGCGUUUAACCUCAACAAAAGUUCUCUUUAUACAUGUACUGGUAAAACUCUUCCUUAUGAAUGAAUCUUUUAAAGAAUAUUAAAAACUGAUUUGAAUGAAAAAUGAAAACAGAUUGAGAACAAUUGUUCCGCAAGGGUUGUUGUAAACUUCCAGGUUGUUAAGCAUUAUGCACAAAAUGAACAAAAACUGUUACAUGAAAUAUACCCUACAAUGAUGGAAUCAACAUUGUCUAGUUAUAGCACUAAUUUAAGGUACUUGUUAGCACUAACCCUGAUUGUGAUACAAGAUUUUUCAAAAUAAAUUUAAAGAGGUAGGUCUAAAGCAUUUUGCGGUCCAACAAUGUCCAUGAAGUUAAUAAACACUGAUAUAGUAACAAGACUUGUACAUUUCCACAGAUUUUUAAAGUCAACUAUUUUUUAUUAUGAACUGCCUAAUCUGCAAAACCCAAAUUAUAUGUUCAGAGUUAUCUUUACUAAUGCCAUU